UCUUCAUACCCUUUACUGCAGACCUACAUCCCAUUCUUAUCCCUAAGAUCGCCAACACCGUACUCAAGAUGCAGUCCAGACUCGCUACCUUCACUACUCUCUUGAGUCUGACCUCCGCCGUUGCAAUCACUGCACGUCCUCCUGUCAUCGGAAAGCUUGUUGCACGCCAGGGCUCCGUAUGUGGCGCCCUCGCCACGCCUGUCUGCUGCCAACUUGACGUUCUAGGUGUCAUCAACCUGAACUGCGAAAACGCUGGACCCGUCGAAACGACCGAAGAUUUCACCGCCGUCUGCGCUGAGACGGGUACAAGUGCCCAGUGUUGCGCUGUGCCGCUUGGUGCCGAUGGUUUGCUCUGCACGGGUGCCUAGGUACACUGAGCGCAUGCCCUUUGGCGCUGGCUAGGAAACAUCCCCGAGCGAGUUUGGCACUCACCGGGAACGGAGCCCUCCCAGCAAUCUUCAUUUUCUACACAACUUUCUAGCCAAGGCCAGGAGUCAUGAUGACAUGAAAUGAGUUGGCAAAAUGAGAUAUGAGUGGAGUGGAGAUCAUCGAUAUAUAC